CCAGCCAGGGCUUGACUCUUGUUCUGUCAGCUGGAGACAGAGCCCCACAUCACUGUGAGUGAGCCUCUUUGGAUAACCAGGGGCCAAAGCAAGGGUUUGCACCAUGCCUUUGAAGACCCACAGUCCCUCCCAGCAAGCAGGGUUUUCGGGGAAGAGACUGGUAUUCACAGGCCCAGAUGCUCUAUGGGAUUACAGGACAAAGCAGCCUGAUUAUACACGCUACAUAGGAGCGACAUCUCCAGCACUAGAAGGCACAAGUGAUCUUGAUUAUCUAUUGAGGCCGUCUUCACACAAUCCUACUGUUCCAGCCCACAGACAUUGCUAUGCUGGAGAAAUUGGUUGGGGCGUAAGAGAAUUCAGUCAUCUCGGCAAGAGAAAUCUCAGUGGCAUGCAGAUUAUGAAUGGAUUAUUUCGUCAAGCUGCUGAAGAUAAGAGCACUCAUCGAUACCAAACCCCAUGGCAGCCUCCGCCAGAUAUUCUUGACAAGCAAGGCAACAAUGCCAGGAGUAGGCUUGCCUGGAAUUGGACAGACUAUGAGGACUACAGCCAUCCAAAAAGCAAGUGGAGUGCAAUGAGGGAGGAUAACCAUACUUCACUAGCACCUUUGCAGCCCACUGUAAAGCAAUUGCCAGCAGCAAAAUCAAAGUAAUUCAGCUCGACAUACAUGCUCCUGAAGAUGAAAACAAGUUUAUGCAGAACAUCAUAUUAUGGAACAUGUAAUCAGCUGACAGGCAACAGCAGCAAGCAACUUCAGGCCACAAUAAACUUUAGAAGCACAUUGAAAGAAAACUGUUCUUGGGUGUCUGAAUUU